CGAUGAGAGGAAAGGGAAUGGAUGGAACGGAUGGAGGGAUAUUUUGAUGUUUGAUAUUCACAACAUUUGGAUGGAGAGUAAAGGGGUGAAAUUCCAUUUGUGGGAACAAAGUAAAUCAAGUAAAGCCAUUCGGCAAUAGAAAGAUAUGUUUGUCCGGGACCAGGAAGCACCAGAUGAAACCGGUGUUUGAGAAAUCAGAAUAAGUGGAGCACAUCGGUCCACGUUUUAUUGUGACGGGGGCCCAAAUGGCUUCUCAAGCAUUCAGCGGCGACUCUUUCACGCCUCUGGCAGCAGACUCGCCUCUGCCAAUCUUCAUGCACCAUGGCUCUGCCAGCGACUGCCUGCCAAGCACCUCCCACGGACACAACAUGGUCUCGGCAGUGUCGUCUGGGCUGUCGCUGGGUCAGACGUCCAAGCGCCCCCAAAUGCAACUAUCCUCCACCCCGAUGGGAAAUGCUCUUGGCAACAGCCCCCCCAGCCUGCAUUACCCAGUUACUCCAUGCCACUACAGCAACCAGCAGACCACCUAUGGGAUUAUGGCAGCUCAGGAAAUGCUGUCUGCAAGUAUUUCUCAGACUUGUAUCCUGCAAACAUGUGGUGUUCCUCCGCCUAACAUGGUGAGCGCUGCAAACCCGCUACAAGGUUCCCUGACGCCGUGCUUGUACAAGUUUCCAGAUCCCAGUCUGAGCAGUAGCUCCUGUGCAUUAAGUCACGGUUUCUCUUCGCUGCCCUCUGCGCUCCUGUUAACUGAUGAAGGCCCCGGGGCCCCCACCGUGGGCGAGAUGAAAGCAAACAUCCAGAGGAAGAACAUACGAGAGUUGGAGGACACCCCCGCUAUGGACUCGCCGCAGAUACAAGAGCUGGAGAUGUUUGCCAAUGACUUUAAAAUACGCAGGAUCAAACUCGGUUAUACUCAGACCAACGUGGGCGAGGCUCUUGCCGCAGUGCACGGUUCGGAGUUCAGUCAGACCACAAUCUGCCGCUUUGAGAACCUGCAGCUGAGCUUCAAGAACGCCUGCAAACUGAAGGCCAUUCUGGCCAAGUGGUUGGAUGAGGCCGAGCUCGCUCGCGCCCUGAACAAUGAUAAGAUUGGAAUCAAUGAGCGGAAGAGGAAAAGGAGAACAACCAUCAGCCUCGGAGCAAAGGAGGCCCUUGAGCACAGCUUUGCAGAAAAAAGUAAGCCAUCUUCCCAGGAGAUAGCCCGGAUAGCUAAAGGCCUCCAUCUGGAGAAGGAAGUGGUCCGAGUCUGGUUCUGUAACAGGCGCCAGAGGGAGAAACGGGUGAAAACCAGUCUGAGCUCCUGCUUGUCCAAAAUAAUUCCAAACUGUAUUGCUCACAUGAAUAAAACACGGUAAAUGGCAAAGUCUUAUCAAAUGCAGUAUGGAUUUGGAUAUUUGUUUUCAUAUGGUUAAUUAUAUUUAGUAUACAGAAGAUUAAUUUCCACACAGACAGUGAAUGGCAAAAUGUUUUUAACACACGGCUCGGUCAUUUUAAAAAAAUGUUUUUGGACUUUACUAUUUGCUACUAUGUGUAUAUUUGUAAUUGUACUCAAAAUAAUGUGCGUUUUUACACAAAUAACCUGUUGCUGUGUUAAGUGUUUGAAUUAAUUGGUUAUCCACAGCUGAACUCUCUGAACUUUUUUCAGAUCUAAUAUAUGAUGUGCUAAAUUACUGUUUUUGUAUAAGUUUAAUAUAUAUGAUGACAUGAAAAUGUUUGGGCACCCCUGAUCAUUUUUAAGAUUUUCUUUAAUAAAUGACUGGUUGUAAGGAUCAGACAUUUCAGUUAAAUAUAUCAUAUAGCCGACCAACACAGUGGUAGAUGAAAAGUCGAAUUAAGUAUUUACACCACAUUUCUAUAAGCAAUGGUAUUUUCAACGCCGGUACGCCAGACACGAUAUUUCCCACAGCCAGCUUGAAUAGCUCUUCAAAAUGCAGAAAAUGUUACCGUUUUUGUUUUCCACAGACAUGACGUUUCUUGAUGUGAAAUGUCAACAAUUGAAGUGUUUUUCAUGUAAAUGAAGAUAGUAUUUGCAAGGUCAUUAAUCAUUUAAAAAACAUUUAUUGCAACAUUUUUAUGAAGGUCGUGUUUUGUUUGUACAAAUGUAAUUUUUUGCUGCAAAUUCUGUUGGUUAAGUUAAACUGACUUUGAAAAGAGAAAUAUGCACAGUAUAAAAGAUUGUACCUGAUGAAGUUUUAUUACUUAAAAAAAAAAACCCAUUUACAUAGUCAUAGCAAUUGAGGAAUCAAGUGUACAUACACACAAAAAUGUUCCAAGCAAUCAAAUAGUAAGGAGUUUCCUCUCAGUGUAAUUUGUUCAGUAGAUGUUUAGGACUGAAUGAUUCAUUUAAAUUAGUUCGGUGUUUUGCGUGAGUGACACGUGCAGAAAUUGCAAGAGGAAACAAGAGAGAGAGAGAGAGAAGUCCAGAGAUAAAAGUCACUCAUGACGCUGGAACUCCCGAUUCUUGAGGAAGAAAAGGCAGCUGUAAAAGUGUAACCAUAACUGCACAGCAGCUGAAAGACAAGAGCGACAACGGGACCAGCGCCAUCCCGCAAUCGCUGAAGAACUCCCGUGUUUUAUACAAGAUCAUCAGGUAGCAAACACCACCAAAGAACCCCCACCAACCUCAGAAGCCCUCAAAUAAGUACUGAGAAUGAAGCACAGUGAUGUCUUCAGUACCACCAGCAGUCUGUGUAGGACUGGCUCGCCUCAGAGAGUCUGCACGGCAUUGCAGUCGUUUUAUCUCCAAUUAUUUUCAAGUGAGACUGAGGCUUCGUUCGCUAUAUGCUGGUUGCAUGCAUGAAAAAGUGCUCCCACAAGUCUAAUGUUUGAUCCAAUCCAAAGACAAAGCAAAUAAAUUCUGCAUUUUAUGACCCCAAAUGAGGAAAAAGAUUUUCCAUCGAUUCUGUUUUGCUUCAGUUUGAGUAGAGCAGGAAGAAAAAGGCUGCAUAAACACUGCAGCCAUUCUAAAGAGAAUGAGCUGCAAGGCGAACAAUAGAUCUUAUAGCUCUUUAGGGUCAAGCAUGGAUCAUUCAUUCACUUCCAGCCUUGCUAAUGUCAUAAUAAAUAUUUGAGCAUAAUUGGAGCAACCAGCAGGGCAAUGCUAUGUGUUUGUCUGUGCAUGUCAUUGUUAUGCGUGUGUGUGUGUGUUGUGUAACCAUCAUAUUCUUGACAAAGCCAGUGUGGGGAAACAGUCAGGAAUUUUAGUCCACUCCCAGAGCACGGAGCUGUCUCUCAAUCUCGUCGUCUGAGAUGGUCGCCUUUUUGGAUGAGGCUGCGCCUGGGACGUUCUUUCCCGCAGCUGGAGCUCGGACCAUC